AUUUGAAGAAAAAUGUGUUACUUUAAGUGUAAAGGUCACUCAAAAAUUGGCAUUGCGGCUGUUUGUGGUUUUAUUUCGGCUGUUUUGGGCGCAUUUUUUGGAUGGAUUCUUUUUCCAACUCUUGUCACUUUAAACGUAGAUAAACAAACCCUAUUGGAAGAAGGAACGGAAACAUUUGAACGAUUUGUUAAUAUACCGCAACCGUUAUCAUUCAAAGUAUUUAUUUUCAAUGUGACCAAUCCAAGUGAGGUGAUCGAUGGUGGCGUUCCAAACGUCAAAGAAGUUGGCCCGUACGUUUACCGACAAUAUCGACACAAAGAGAAUCUGGAAUUUACAGAUGAUAAACGGUAUGUGAUAUUUCGUGGCAUUCAAAAGUUUAUAUUCGAUGAUGAAGCCUCGGCUCCAUUGAAAGAAAGCGAUGAUUUAGUUGUUCUCAAUGUUCAAUUAAACUCAGUUUUACAGGAAGCGCAAAAGCAACCAGGUCAACUUGGUUUUCUAAAUGAACAAUUAAAGGAGGUUUUUGGCAAACAAUAUGCAUCUAUAUUCAUGACUGUUAAACCAUCGAACUUACUAUUCAGCGGUAUACCACUCUGUGUUGAUCCAAGUGGCAUUGCUGAAUUUAUUUGCAAGGCAAUUAAAAUGCAAAGGCCACAAGCGAUUAAAGAAAUGAACGACGGCAGCCUAAGAUUCUCGAUGUUUGGACAUAAAAACAAUACGGACGAUGGUUUGUUCGAAAUCCAUACAGGCGUUGGUGAUAUCACCAAAUUGGGAUUAAUUCGACAAUGGAAUAAACAAAAAAUACUUAAAACCUGGCUAAAUUCUAAAGAUGGUAAAACAUCAACGUGUAACAUAAUCAAUGGGACUGAUACGACGGUUUUCGCUCCGCACAUAAAAUCAAAUGGAUUUCUUUAUAUUUUCGCAGCCGAUAUUUGCCGUUCGGUGCGGGUGCACUUCAAGAAGAAAGUCACCUUUGCCGGAAUUAAUGCAUAUCGUUUCGAGGUGAAGGAGGAUUUUUUGGAACACAUCGGUCCUGAAUUUGGAAAUGAAUGCUUUUGUAUUGAUAAAAUUCCAAAUAUACCAUCACAUCCGAAUGGUUGCUUGUAUAAAGGAGCAAUGGACUUGACCACUUGCCAAGGGGGACCAAUCGUCAUCACAUUGCCUCAUAUGCUUAAUACGGCUCCCGAAUAUCAAACUGUGAGCGGUCUAAAACCAGAUUUAGAAAAGCACUUAAUUUUCGCUGACAUUGAACCGAAUACGGGGUAUCCGAUAAGAGGUGCGAAACGGCUUCAAUUGAAUAUGUUUCUAAAAAAAAUCAAUUCGAUCGAUGUAACGGAAAAACUAAAAACAUACCUAUUUCCAAUUGUUUGGAUUGAAGAGGGUCUAGAACUAAAUGAGGAUAUGCAAUCAUUAGUCCAUUGGAAAUUAACAUAUAUUUUAUUACUUCUUGACGUUGUUCAUUAUACAAUGCUUAUCGGUGGUAUUUUAAUAUUCACAACAUGCUCGAUAUGGUAUUUAAUUCGACGAAAUCAAGAAAACAAAAUUACUCCAUUGACGUGAUUGU